UGUGUGUGUGCGUCUUUGUGUGUGUGUGUUUGCGCAGGCGCACGGGGCGGGCUCGGGGUCGGCGGCGCCGUCGGGGCUCGGCUGCAGGGCCUGCCGCCCCGGAACCUAGUGGACGCCUCCGAUGGCAGGUUAUGUGCCCAAGGGGUACUCGUCACCCCCCUAUCCUGCCGCCCCAGUCCUGUACCCCGAGCCCCCGGCUCCCCCAGCCCCCGGCUUUUCCCUGUUCCCCUCCCCCGGAGCCCCCGCCCCGCUUGAGCCAGUGGCCCCCAGUGGGCCCUACCUGCCCCUCAGUACUCACGUCCCCCCCGGGCUCGACUGCCUCAUCCAGAUUGACCAGAUCUUGAUCCACGAGAAGGUCGAGCAGGCGGAAGGCUUCCUGGGCCGCCGGAGCUGCCGCCGCUACGAGCUGCGCGGGGGUCCGGGCUGGGGGCCGCUGCGGGCGGCGGAGGAGUCGGCCCUGUGUGCCCGGCUCUGCUGCGGGACCCGCCGCCCCCUCCGGCUCCGGGUGGCCGACGCCUCCGCCCGCGAGGUCCUGCGGCUCAGCCGCACGCUGCACUGCGGGGCCUGCUGCUUUCCCUGCUGCCUUCAGGAGCUGGAGGUGCAGGCCCCACCGGGCACCACCAUCGGGCACGUCCUGCAGACCUGGCACCCCUUCCUGCCCAAGUUCUCCGUCCAGGACGCCGAGCGCCAGACGCUGCUGCGCAUCGUGGGGCCCUGCUGGUCGGGCAGCUGCGGGAGCGACACCAACUUUGAGGUGAAGACGAAGGACGAGUCGCGCAGCGUGGGGCGGAUCAGCCGGGACUGGGGCGGGCUGGAGCCCGGGGCCGCCAGCCGCACGGACGUCUUCGGCCUGCAGUUCCCGCUCGACCUGGACGUGCGCGUGAAGGCGGUGCUGCUGGGGGCCGCUUUCCUCAUCAACUAUAUGUUCUAUGAGAAGUCAGGAGAAAAGACCUCAGCCUCCCCAGUCGUGACCAGUUAGAGAAUCUCCUCUCCGCGUCCAUCCGAGACGACCGAGAUGGCCGCCGCCCACCUGACCCGGCUCCACGGCCCGAGGCGGGCCCGCCCGCCCUCCGUCCGCGAUGGCCACUUGCGUCCUUCCGCGACGGCGGCUCCCUGAGGACACCAAGGGCGUGGAUCCGACCGUUGAGGCCCUAAGGCGGCGGAUGGGUCCGGAUCGUGGGGAGACCGAGCUGGAGGUUGGAGCUCCAGGGGCCCUCCUCUUCCUCAGGGCCGGGGGCCGGGUAUCUGCUGCAUGCGCUCAUUGCUAAGGGUCUUUGUAUCGGGACCCUCCCCUUCCCAUCACCUCCCUUCCCCUUCCGUGGGCUCUUCCCAUUUUCUUAGUCAAUCAA